GAAGACGCGAGUGUGCGCGCGCGUCGUCGUUGCCCAGUCCGUGAUAUUCCUAUUUAACUCACAGCAGUUCGACCGCGGUAUAAACACAACUAUUCGUUUCUUAAUCUAAACGCAGACACACGCGUAAAACGACUGUUUCAAGCCCAUUUCAAUUUGUAAGAUCACUUAAUUCCACGAAAUAAUCGACGACGAAACCAAAUUGUUAAUAGUUCUACUUCGAAGUUGAAUAAUAAAAAAAAACGCGUAGUAAAGGAAGUGACAGGCAUCACGUUCAACACUCUCUCAAAUAAACGACUCGCUGAUUAUUUACUUUGUUUUUUUGCAAUAACGCGUCGGUAACGAAAGCUCACACUCUGCGCUCUUUCGAAGUUUUAGUCCGCGGCUUCUGCUCAUCCGGAUUUUCGUACACGCAAUGACGUGGUGUUUGUGGAUUUCUUGUAGUUCACGUGGUUUCCCUUCGUGUAUUUUCGAAUGAUACUCGCGAGAACGACGUUAAGGAACAACGGAAUAAAUGAAAACUACCUGUGCAAAUCUUUUCGAUUGACUCGAAUUUUGUUCUGUUCUUCGCUACAAAUCAUCGUCUUGUUUACAUCCGACGAUACUCUAUACGGAUACAUACAUACAUACAUACAUAUGUACGAUUAAAUACACGCCUAUAAACCUCAUCAAUUUCGUGUGAUUACUCGUGACUCAUUGCUGUACGUCUCGUGUUGUUUCGCUACCUCUCUUCGGACAGCGAAGACUCUGUUCACGUGUGUAUACACAAUUUUUUUAACGGAAUAUCUCGUCGACAGUGUCGUCGCUAAUUUUCUUUUUUGCACUCGGUGAACACUUGUACUCACGAUUAAGGUCGCAAAUACUGUGCGAAGGCAACACGUGUUAUUUUCGAGGUUAAUAACAACGUUCAAUUAUUAUAUAUAUGCGUAUUGUAUGCAUAUAUUAAUAAUAUACGAGUUUGCACUCGCGUGUUGGAAAGUGUGGUUAAAAGAGUGCGGUUCAAGAGGGCGAAUGGAAAUAAGUGUGAGAAAUGGACUGUAAAGUCUGUAGACAAAGUGAACGAGGCUGAAACUCGUGCGGGGUGAAAAAAUCAGUUUUGUUUUGUUCGUUGGUGUUUAUUUUUAUUGCUUGAUAUCGUUGAACGAGGGACGAGCAGGCUCGCGAAUGCCCGGCAUAAAUUUAACCUCAUUAUUCGCCGAUUUCCAAAGCCUAAAUCGAUAAAACUCUCUUUUCGAAUUAUCGAAGAAAAUUGAGCCAAUUUUGAAAAAACAACGCCGAACGUUGCGCUCAAUUUUCUCUCUCGUACGCGUGCGCGCUCCCAUAUCGGCUCGAGGGCGCCACCGGAUCCUGUUGAUCCGCAAAAGUAUUCUUGAUAACGAAGAUACUUGAAUAUAAAUAAAUAAAAGGAGCGCGUCACGAGACUCGCUAGAGACUCGCGCGACCGCCAAAAGCGGAUAAAACAGCCAAAAUUCGGGUGAAAAACAGAGAUCCGUUGCCAUCGUACGCGAUGGAGAUAAGCGACGAAUAUCAGGACAUGGGAAAUCCCGGUGGUGGAGUUGCAAUGGCGAACAUUCCACUCGGGCAUCACCGACAACAGUCGCCGGACAGUCCCAUGUCUCAUCAGGAUGAGGAUCUCUCGGAUCCGGAUCUCCAGGACGAGGAAAGCGGCGAAGAAUUGCCUCAGCAACCACUGCAAGCGAACAAUCAUUCUUCCUCGGAAAAUAACACUUCCGGUCAUGCCACUACGCCAACACCUUUGACACAUCUCAACAGCCUCAUGGCCAAUCACCCUCCACACUUCUUGUCCAAGCUCAAAAUGGAGAACGACAUGGAUAUUCUGAGCAACAAGAGCGGCCUCGAAGCCCUCCAGGCGGCAAUGGGCAGCGGCAAUUUCAAUUUGCCAUUCUCGUUUCCACCACCGGCUGCUUUUCUCACGCCUCAGCACAACUCUCACAACAGUCAUCAACAAAUCGGGGGUGGAACGGGCGCCGGCGGACCCGGCGGCAAUGCCCUCACGUCAUCCGCGAGCUCCCACUCGAGCGAAUCGUCUCAGGGUAGCGCCCGUAACAGCAGCGACGUUCGCGAUCCCGGCGGACACAAUUCCCAAAAUAAUUCGUCCAAUUCCCACCAACAACAGACGAGCUGGAGCUUCGAGGAGCAGUUCAAACAGGUGCGUCAGCUGUACGAAAUCAAUGACGAUCCCAAACGAAAGGAGUUUCUCGAUGAUCUGUUCAGCUUUAUGCAGAAACGAGGAACUCCGAUCAAUCGUUUACCCAUUAUGGCCAAAUCGGUUCUCGACCUCUACGAGCUCUUCCAACUGGUCAUUGCUCGAGGCGGCUUAGUCGAUGUUAUAAACAAGAAACUAUGGCAGGAAAUCAUCAAGGGCCUACACCUGCCUUCGAGUAUCACAUCCGCUGCAUUUACGCUUCGAACUCAGUACAUGAAAUAUUUGUAUCCGUACGAGGGCGAAAAAUUGGGACUCUCAACGCCGUCAGAACUGCAAGCCGCGAUUGACGGAAAUCGACGCGAAGGACGAAGGAGCAGCUACGGAACUUACGGAGGCGGCGGCGGUGACAGCAUGAUGCCAAGAAAUCCACACACCCCGGUCUCCAUGGCGCUGCACCCCCAAAUGUCACCCUUGUCACUCGUCUCCGCGGUCGCCGGUGGUCAACACCACGGGUCCCAGUCACUGGUUAAUGGUAGCGCGGCCCACACACCCAUGCCACAUCAUCCUCAUCAUCCGCAGCAUCCUUCCGGACCGAUCGGUCCCAUCCCAGGUCUAGCACCCGCUGAAUUCGAGGCUCGUAUGGUCGAGUACGUUAAAUUAUUGAACAAAGAGCUCAGAAAUGCGGGCGGAGGCACACCACCCCCGAUGAUACACCGACAGGGUAGCGCAUCUCCACCACCCAGCACACCCCCACGUGAGGCGUUCAGUGCUCUCGAAAUGUCACGAUUAACACUCUGGAACAUGUACAACAAUAACACGCUGUAUCCUGGAGUUGGACAUCAGCCACCGUUAUCUCCACAAGCCUCGAACUCACCACAUCGACAAGCAGCGAGUCCUGAACCUCAGAGAGAAGCCCUCGAUCUCGGACUCAGAUCAUCACCGUUGUCCUCAUCACCUACGAGACACAGCCCACCCUCCUCGAGCAGUAGCAUUCAGGCCAAGAGGGAUCCAGAGCUCUCCGGUACACCUGGUCCACCACCUGCCAAGAGGCUACUUUCGGACGACGAUAGCCCCAAUGAAAAACACGUUCCAGCACUGGCGGGCACUCAUAUCAAAAUAUCCAAUCGCGGUGACGGUCGGAACGGUGAUAAUUCCUUGGUCGUCAGUAUGGAGCUCAAUGGAGUAAUGUACCAGGGUGUUUUGUUUGCACAGACAGAGGGAAGGAGCACGACGACCGCUACUAAUAAUAACACAAAAGCGGCGAGAAGUAUCGUCUCGUGAGCGCCGAAUCAGCCGAGCAAUCAGCGAGACUAGUCUCUCGUACCAUGAAAAAAGGGAAAAAGGAACAGUGAAGAAGAGAAAAAGAAAUCAACAAAAGAAGACACAGUCGAGUCGCGUGUUAUUUUUUUUCUUUCGUACCUUUGCGUUACGAUAAACCAAUGUCUGCCGAUUUCCGGUCUCGGAGAAUGAAAAACUGCAACAUUGUUGAGUCACUUAAGCAUUUCAAAUCCUCGAGAACAAGGCAUUGGAGAGAAAGAGAGAGGGCUAAAAUUAUAAAAAAUUAAUAAGUUCAUGUAAACUGAUAAACUUGAAAAGGGCCUCAACGAUUUGUAUAAUGGUAGGCGUAAAAAAUCGAUUAUUAUCACGAUCGGUGAUGGCCCAUUUUUUUAAUUAUUUCGUUAAAGAAAGAUAGAAACAAAGAGACGCAAGAUAUCGACUUAUUUUUUCCUAUUUUUUCGCAGUAUUAAUUAUUUUAUAAAAUAUUCAUAUGAUUUUUCAUUAAAACGUGUGUGCCCUGCCACCUCUGUGAUGCGUCGAUUUUUCAUUUUUCUUCCAUACACAAUAUAGAAGAAAAAUGAAUUUUUCGCAUCGUCGAGUGGAAGGUGUGAUUGUGUAUGCUUGGCGAAAAUAUAAUACGCCGAUUUUGUAAAAUAAUUGAUAGCGAAGAAAAACGUAGGGAAAAAUAGACAAGGAAUGAUUUGUUUUUUGUUCUUUUUGAGAAUGAGGAGCUAAGGCUCAUCUCUCCUUGCAGGAGACUCUUCAAUGUUGAAAAGUGAAUAUGUGAAUAGUAAUUUGUAUGUAUGGUCAAAUCUUAUGUGACUGUGUGUGUGCGCGCGUAAUAAAAAAGAAGGAAAAAAGGGGAAAAUGUUAUUAGAAUUUAAGUAAGUUUAAAUUUUCGUAAACUUGCGAUGCUUUUGUUUCGAGGAACUGUCGCAAAUUCAAGUUCCUCAAGUGUAUUCAGUCUCUUGAGUGUGAAGAGAUAAACGACGAUGAUUAUUAUCAAAAAUUCGGAAAGAAAAAAAUUAGCCACAUGCCCCAAACGCCACUGGUUCACAGUGAAUCAUGACAAUAUUUUUAAUUCGUUCAUUCUUUCGCUGUUGCAUUCAUUUUAAAGACCCACACGUAGAAAGCAUUUUUUUUCAUUUUACAAUUAAAUAUGUUGGUGCCCCUCCCGAUAAUACUAAUUUUUGUAUGUAAUUGCUGAUAAAUUAUUGAGAUUUUUUUUCUGAUAAUAAAUUAUUUUUCAAGGGUUUGAUGAAGUAGUAGUCGCUUUGUUAUUUUUUGCCGGGUGUGAAAACUUUAUUCUCCAAACUAGAUGCAUUAACGUUAUGAUUGAGAUUCGAAAAUACGAUUUUUGAUGGAAAUAAGAAAGAUAAAUGAAAAAUCCUGACUUAUUCUCAACAAAAUCGAUGAAACAUCUCCAAAAAUUACAACUAAAAUCUUGCUUUUUCGAGAAUUCGUUAUCCAAAAUAUGAAAAUUUUACAACAAAUGUUGAGUUCUCUAGCAGACUUGAAUAUGCGAUCAAGUGGAUAAAUGAUUUUAACGAUUUUUUUUCCUGUUUAUAUAAAAGUGCACACAAAUUUCUAUUUUCUUUUAUUGAGAUUAAGUUUAAACGUGAAAACGGUCAUAGACAAAUGUUUGUUCAUUUUUUUAUCGAACUCCCUCAAUCGGAUCAAGGAAUAACUGAAUUACGCACAAAUAAAAGUGUAGAACCAGACCCCUGUAAGCUUUUCAGCCAGAAAGUAUUAAAAAAAUUGAAAAAAGCAAACGAAAGAAUAAACGAACGGCGAUUCGCUUUUGGUAGAGAAAUGUAAAUCAUUUGAGAAUCACUUUUACCGCUGAAGCAAAAAAAAAGGAAAACAACGAGGGAAAAAGGAAAUGAGUCUUAAUUUAUUUAUUCUUAUCAGACGUUUGGAAUUUUGUUGCGAGGUAAUAACGAUUAUGAGAUCGACGGCGAGCGAGUAGAAAAAGCAAACAAUGAAGGCGGAAAAAUAAAGAAAAUCUGUACGCGUUUAUAUUUUAUAGCAUUUUAUUGUCAUUGAUGAAUAUGUACAUUCUUUUAAACUGCGACCAAGAGACGAGCAAAGAAAAAUUGUAGUUUCGGGACGGGAGGGAAAAGUUAAUUCGCGAUGUCAAUAAUCAACAGGUUAAAUCCACGAGAACAAACAACAAUAAAACUUCCCUUUCCGUUUCCGGCGUUUCGUAAGUUUUGUAAAUAUAAUUGAUGCUCUGCGUAAUAUUCGUUUUUCAAUAGAUGUUUAAGUGAAUGUAACGGGUUUCACGUGGAUCUCCACCGAUCACUCACACAAUGUCACAUAGUCGGUUUUUUAAUAUCGUGCUUCGGUUCUUUUUUUCAACGAUUGAGUCUAUUUCUGGGAGUGUUUUUUUUCUUCCUUUUUUUUGUAAACUCUCCUGCGAUCCGAGGGAAGAGAGAAAACACCUCGAAUGAGGAGCAGAACUUUAUAUAUAUAUACACACAGACACACAACACACCAUACACACACAUAUAUAUAUAUAUAUAAAUAUAAACAAAAUGACUCGUAGGUGCGUAAUCACAUGAUAUUUAACAAAUAGCGAAGAUCCUUUGAAAAAGAUAAAGAGCGAAAGACAGAAAGAAAAAUAUGAAAACGUAUCAGAAAUGAUUGCAAUACUUGCUGAAGUAGUGAAAAUCCGUUUAGUCAUAAUCAGUAGUAUAGAUGUGUAGACAACGUAAGAUAUUAAUGUCUAGCUAUAAAUAAAUAGGAAGGAAUAAUAAAAGGAAACACAGUAAGGGAAAUGAAAUCUCCGAACGACGGACUAUCCACUUAACAUUUUGCGAAAAAAUGAAGAAUACGUACCUGGUGGAAUAAACCAUACAACGUAUUUUAGAGUCUCUUGAAUUUAAUGGAUUUUUUUUGCAAAUUUAAUGAAAAUCACACGAAAAGAUAUUAUAUUGUUCAUAGCUUGAAGGAUAGCCAAAAAGACUGUUACAUAAGAAAAAUAUUAUUCUAGAUACGAUUUCUCACUACGAAUAUUAUUAUCGAUAUUAUAUUAUCAUCGUCACUAUUAUUAUUACAUUAGUAUUUUAUAAUCAUUAAUAUUAUCAUUAUUAUUAUUAUUUUUUUAAAAUCAUUAUUCGAAACAUUGUGAAUUACGUUUUGUUAUUGCAUAAGAGAGUGAGACGUGUUGAAAUUAUUAUUUUCUUUCUCCUCAAAAGAAAAAUUCUCUUCCGGUAAGGUAAUUGGAACUUUGGAUGUGGAUUAUCCAUAAAGAGCGAAUUUUGCUUCUAGUAAAUUUGCGAUCACUUCAUGUCGACCGCGAUAUCGAGAAAAAAUGAUAUAUAUAUAUAAAUAUAUAGUCGUACGUAUAUACGAUCGCGAACAGCGACGAGUCAUUGCGCUAAGCUAAAUUCACGUAAAUAUUUUAUUUUAUAACGAAACAUAAAAAUUGAAUGAAAAUAAAGAAAAAAAACGCGACCCUAACUUUCAAUAGAAAAUUUAUAUUUUUAUUAAAUCAGCCCUUCCUGAUCGAUUGAAUUUAUUGGAUUUCACUGAAUUUUUGUAAUCAUUUUUGAAAAAAUUAUUUUGCAACGAAAUAUUGAAUUUUCUCAAGAUUUUCUGCGCAAGUUGUUAACUCGUCGUUGAUCGUGAUCAAUGGCUAAACUUCGCGAACGCAAUAUAUAAAAAAAUACAUUAAUCAAAAUCCUUGUACGUUCUUUUCUGUGUAUUUUAAUUUCGGCAAAUUUCAAGCCAAAUUGCGAUGAACUCGGCAAUAUGUAAAACUCGUGAAAAACACGCCUCUUGAUUGUGAUUAGCGCGAAGUAAACGGCGCGUUUUUUUUAAACAUGCUUCGAGCAAUAAGGACAUGUUUGAGCCAGUAAAACGCCCAAUGUACGCGCGUGCCCUCCGCCCGAGCGCACCUAGAUGAACAAUUUUCUAUGUACGCAAAUCUUAUACUAUCGCACCUCACUCACCAGGCGCGCAUAUUAUAUCAUUAUUAUCAAUGUUGUGUAAAUAUUAUUAUAUACUAUAUACGAUAUCAUUAGAGAAACAAAAGAAAAUAAGGGAAAAAAACAAACAAGGGAGGACUAAAUGAACUCUGAUUACAUUCAAAUAUUGUAGCUUCCAUAAAUAGCAGCUUAAUUAUCAUCUGUACAUCUCUAUGUAAACGUAACCGCCCUUUUCCUUCCGCCCGAACGCCCGCCCACCCUCGCCCACUACCAGGACUAUGAAUAAUGAAUAAUGAAUAAAAACGACAUUACUUUUAAA